GUCUCCACGUCCAAACUUCCUGAGAGUGGCUCCGGCCCUCCCUCCGCUUCCGACGGCUGUGCUGCGCCGUCCCGGCCGGCCGAGCCCAUCGGCCAGGCCAGCCCCGCGUGGGGCCGUCGCCCCCCGACCCUGCCCGCCGCCGCGGCCCCCGGCCAGCCGUAAAACACGCGGCCCGGUACUACACGGCACGGUGGGCUCAGGGGGCUCGAUGACCCCCCCCCAGUCCGGCCCCAAGGCUGGCGGUGAUCCCAGAGCCGCCCCGGCAAAGCCGGACCAUCGCUGGGUUGAGCAAGAAGCUGACGGAUCCAGGAAACAUAACUGGGAAUAAACACGGGGAUGGUGCUGCGGGCCGCGGCGCUGGCGAUGCACGCCUGCCUCCUGGCCGCCCUCCGCCCCAGCGACCCCAACGUCUGCAGCUACUGGGAGAGCUACACGGCGGCGGUGAAGGAGUCCUACACCAAACCCCACGCCGUGGCCUCCGCCGAGCCCUGCCCCCGGGUGUUGGGGUCCCCCCUGCCCUGCCUGCAGCAGAGGAUCGUGUACCGCACCGAGUACCGGCAGGCGGUGCGCACCGAGUACCGGAGGCGCUACCAGUGCUGCCAGGGCUACUACGAGAGCCGGGACACCUGUGUCCCACGCUGUACCCAGGAGUGCAUCCACGGGCGGUGCGUGGCUCCUGAGCUGUGCCGGUGCGAGCCGGGCUGGCGGGGCACUGACUGCUCCAGCGAGUGUGACGAGCAGUCGUGGGGGCCGGGCUGCCAGCACCGCUGCGACUGCCACCACGGGGCCCCCUGCGACCCCCUGAGCGGGGCCUGCUCCUGCCCCCCCGGCUUCGCCGACCCGCUCUGCCGCCAGCCGUGCCCCCCCGGCACCUACGGCCAGGGCUGCCGCCUGCCCUGCCCCUGCCACCACCAGGCCCCCUGCAACGCCUCCACCGGCGCCUGCCGCUGCCCUGCGGGGCUGGCCGGACCCCUCUGCGAGGUGCCCUGCCCCGAGGGGACACCCUGCGACAGCCCCUGCCCCUGCCAGAACGGGGGGAUCUGCUACCCCGCCAACACCAGCACCUGCAUCUGCCCCCACGGAUGGAUGGGGGAGAUCUGCUCCGUGCCGUGCCCCCCCGGGCGCUUCGGCCCCGGCUGCCAGGGCGAGUGUCGCUGCCACAACGGGGGCCAGUGCGACCCUCGGUGGGGGCAGUGCCAGUGCGCCCCCGGCUUCACCGGAGAGCAGUGCCAGGAGAAGUGCCCGGGGGGGCGGUACGGGCAGGACUGCCAGGAGAGCUGCGACUGUGCCAACGGGGGCCAGUGCUUCCACGUGGACGGGGGCUGCCUGUGCAAGGCCGGCUUCCAGGGCAGCCGCUGCGAGGAGCGCCAGUGCCUGCCCGGCCUCUACGGCCCCCGCUGCCAGAGCCGCUGCCUCUGCCACCCCCAGCACAGCCUGAGCUGCCACCCGUUACUCGGGGAGUGCGUCUGUCGCCCCGGCUGGGCCGGGCUCUUCUGCAACGAGAGUUGCCCCCCCGGCUCCUUCGGGGCCGGCUGCCUGCAGGCCUGCCUCUGCCUCCACGGGGGGGUCUGCAACGGGACCACCGGCCUCUGCCACUGCCCCCCCGGCUACACGGACGAGCACUGCUCCUCCCUGUGCCCCCCCGACACCUUUGGGGUGAACUGCUCGGGGCGCUGCUCCUGCCAGCACGCCCUCGCCUGCUCCCCCCUCGACGGCUCCUGCCUCUGCAAGGAAGGCUGGCACGGCCCCCACUGCUCGAAGCCGUGUCCCGCCGGCACUUGGGGUCCCGGCUGCAACCGGAGCUGUGAUUGCGCCCACGGGGCUCCCUGCGACCCCCAGAGCGGGACCUGCCGCUGCCCCCCGGGUUGGCAGGACCCCCGCUGCCUGCACCCCUGCCCGAACGGGACGUUCGGGGUGGGCUGCGGGCAGCGCUGCGACUGCGCCUACGCCGACGGCUGCGAGCCAGCGACGGGGGAGUGCCGCUGCCUGCCCGGCUGGACGGGGCCGCAGUGCAAGCAGAGCUGUCCCCACGGCUUCUGGGGCCGGGGGUGCCGCACGCCCUGCUCCUGCCGCAACGGGGCCGUCUGCUCGCCCCAGGACGGCUCCUGCACCUGCGCCCCGGGGUACCGCGGCCCCACCUGCCAACGCACCUGCGCCCCCGGCUCGUGGGGGGCCGCCUGCGCCCAGCCCUGCCUGUGCCGCCACGGGGGGACGUGCCACCCCGCCGAGGGGACCUGCCGCUGCCCGGCCGGCUGGACCGGGCCGCUCUGCGCCGAAGCCUGCCCCCCCGGCACCUUCGGGCUCCGCUGUGACCAGCUCUGCCGCUGCCCCCACAACGCCACGUGCCACCCGGCCAGCGGGACGUGCCCCUGCGCCCCCGGCAGGAUCGGGCCCCUCUGCGAGGCCGGGACCCCCGAGCAGCCCUACACCAUCGUGCCGGCCCCACCGGCGGCCGACAGCACCCUGGGGGUGGUGCUCAGCCUGGUGGCCCUGGUGGCCCUGCUGGUGGCCCUGGUGGCCGUGGUCCUGUGUCACCGUCACCGGCGGAAGGGCAAGGAGAGCCGGCACCUGGCCGUGGCCUACACGGCGGGACAGACGGACACCUCCGACUACAUGGUGCCAGACGUGCCACCGAGCCACCACCCGCACUACUACUCCAACCCCAGCUACCACACGCUGUCCCAGUGCACGCCGCCGGCCCCCGGCCCCCGCGACAGGGCCAGCUCCCUCAAGGUGCCCGGCAGCCAGCUCUUCCCCGGCGUGGAGAGGCCCUACGGCCCCGAAGGCCACGCCACGCUGCCCCCCGACUGGAAGCACCUCGGGGCGCCAGCCCUGGGCCCCAGGGGGGGGCAGCUGGACCGAAGCUACACCUGCAGCCUGGGGGAGUGCUACGGCAAAGAUCCCACAGCGGGGGGGCCGGGGGCCAGCGCCGGCUCCUUGGCCAGCGAGAACCCCUACGCCACCAUCAAGGAGCUGCCCCCCCCCGGCCCCGCCAGGGCCCCCGAGGGCAGCUACGUCGAGAUGAAAUCCCCGGUGCGGCGGGAGAUGUCGUACGCCGAGAUCGGGCUCCUCGAGGAGCCGUCCCAGGAGGAGAGCUGCCCCGAAGGGGCCGAAGGCGUCACCCCCGCAGCCCCCCCCAGCCAUUACGACUCCCCCAAGAACAGCCACAUCCCCAGCCACUACGACGUGCCGCCCGCCCGCCACUACCCGCCGUCCCCGCCGCUGCGCAGGAAGGACCGCUGAGGACCAACCGUGGGGGGCGGGGGGCCAGGGACACCCCCACCGCACCCCAGGGGGGCCGGGGGCCCCUGACUGUCCCCAGGGCUGGGGGGUGUGUGUGGGGGGGUGGGUGUGUGUGAAUAAAGGGGUGUGACUG